AACAAUUCAUACAUGCUAGUUUGUGAACGUGCCUGUUUCGGCUCGGACGUUUAGGCCCCUCCGUACCCCUAGAAAGAUAUACGCCAUGCUGGUGGUACCAUUCUACAUAAAACUGGCCCUGGGCUUUCUGCUGGCCGGCUUUGUGUUUCACCUGAUAGGGUUCACGACGCCUUACUGGACAGUCUACGAUUCUAUCUACGGCAGCGUGAACAACGGACUGUGGACUAGCUGUUGGUAUACGAGAAAUGGGCACUCAUGUCAUUCGUAUACAGCCAACACUACCAUCAACGCUGUCCGGGCUUUUGAGGUGCUGGCCUUCCUCAUGUUUAUUGCCAUCGUUGUGUUAUUGAUUAUCUAUCUGAGUACUCUUAGAACCAAUCUCCAGCUCGCUAGUAUCAUCUGUACAUUUAUACUGGUGGCUUUCAUCAUCCUGGGUGCUAUAAUCUAUGGCUCGGAGAGUAGUAAUCUCCACUGGUCAUUUGCUCUCUGUAUCAUUGGUGCCAUACUUGCCUUCGUAGCUGGUAUCCUGCUCAUCAUCUACCGCAUGCGUGGUGUAACCAUGGUGACGGGUGGUGCUUCCACUACGCGUACAACUAGAACCGUCACCACCACUGUGACAGUUCGGUGAAGUGAUGGUAAAGUCACCGUUUAUUUCCAAAGGAACGGGGACAAAUGGAGAUGAUUCUGUACCAAGUGAUUUUGAUACUGUGCACGUUGUUGAAAAAAUAAUAGUACAAGAAAAAGUUAUCAAAAUCGAUCCAUGUUUUUUUCCACAUUGCUUUGUGAAUUAGAAGAGUAGUUUAUGUAAAUAAGUAAAUGUCAGUUAUAAUAUGAUGUUUCUGGACACGGACGAACUGUAGGUACAUUGUUAAACGUACACUAUGUUCCAUGAAUUUGAACAAAAAAGUGCAAACAAUUGCUAGAAAAAUCGAGAAAUUUUAAUAAAAUAUCUCAAAUCCUUUACCGUAUAUUAUUUAA